GUUAAGACAAAAUAAUCUGAAUUCUUGAUAAGAAUAAAUAGGAGAGAAUAUUUUGGAGUUUAAUAGAAUGCUAUCAUCUAAAACCCUUCGUUUUUUCUUGGCCUCACUCUUGAUUUCGAUAACCAUUUCUGAGAUCGCGUUCGCUAUGGCGGAUCAAUCUUCUGCCAGCACUGCUACUGCUGAACCUGAAUCAGCGGUUCAUAUUGUAUACACCGAACAGCCCCAAAACAACGAGGAACCUGAGGCUUAUCAUAUUCGAACCCUAGCUUCUGUUCUUGGCAGUGAGGAGGCGGCGAAGGAGGCUCUGUUAUACAGUUACAAGACUGCUGCUAGUGGAUUCUCUGCUAAGCUUACUCCAGACCAGGUCGCCCAGAUUUCAAAGCAACCAGGUGUCCUUCAAGUUGUCCCAAACAGGAAAAUGGAACUGCAUUCAGGUAAAGGGAUGUUGCACUGAAAAAAGAACUUCCAUGGUGUAAGAAAGCAAGUUAUAUAUAUGAGGCUCCUAGUAUAAUGAGUUUAAUCUUCACUUUUAAUGGGGGCUGUAAUUUAAAUAUAUUACUAUAUGUGUAUGUGUAUGUGUGGAUUCGAUUAAUUAUGGCAUUUAAUCUUACAUCUUGAAUAAUAAUUAAAUGAGUUGUUUAGCCAAGGUUCUUUUGGUUA